UCCUUAACUGAAGAUAAAUUCACGUGCAUUAACUUUCCUGUUGUUUAUUGAAUAUAAAUACACAUAAAGUGAAUAAAUGACAGUAUCGAUGUAUUCCAGACUUCAUAGAUAUCGUAGGGGUUGACCCCAACAAUUUACGAUCCAACAGUGUUACUCUUGGCGCGGCGUUUCAGGUAGCAGGACGGUGUGCGGGCGUACGGGUGGCGUGAGGGUUCGGCAACCAAGUAGUUCUAGUGCACCAGCUGACAGGUCGCCAAUUGAAGUAGGCAUUGUUAAGGGUGAAGUUGUCACAAUGCUCAAAUGUAGAACCGCGUGGAGAAAGCUUGCUCCUCUUGCCAGAGCCUCUUCAACAUUGUGUCGGCAGAAUGUGAGAAGGACAGGUUUGCACAAUGGCAGAAUACCCGCAGCUCACAUGGCAACGGGGCCAACGGGGGGCGGCAGGGAAAACCAGGUGUACGCCCUCCUGGUUGGGGUGACCUGUCUUGGUGGAGCCAUAUACGCGUACAGAACUGUUAAAGGAGACAAGCGAAGAUAUCUGGAACGUAUUGAAGAAAUCUCAUCUCGACCACAUAAACGCACCGAAGAAGCAACCGCUAGCGUCCACGUAGAAGCUACUGCUACAGAGGCCAUUGAGACAGAAGCUGUUCCCAAGCCCGAACCUGAAGUCGCACCUUCGUCUGAAGAACCGAGCCCUCCCGUGCCUGAUGCUGAGACCGCAACUUCGAGCGAGACGACCGAACCUCUGCAAGCUGUUCCAGAGUCCGAACCUGAAGUCGCACCUUCGUCAGAAGAACCGAGCCCUCCCGUGCCUGAUGUUGAGACCGCAGCUUCGAGCGAGACAACCGAAGCUCUACAAGCAGAUGAGCCUGUUUUAGAAGCGGCACCAGAAGAAGCGCCUGCUGCGCCGCUAGUUGAUGAGGCAGAACCCUCCCCUCCGUCUGAGCCCGGCCCAGCCGAACAAACCGAACCGAUCCCGCCGCCUGUCGCGGAGAGCGAACCCGCGCUAGCCGAAAGCCCCGCUCCGGAACCGUCUGAGCCGCAAGCCGAAGUUGCGGCCGAGAGCGCUGCAGGACUGGUCCCUGCACAGCCCUCGCCCAUGCUCCCGUCACACGUGCCGUACCUCCUCAUUGGCGGAGGGACCGCCUCCUUCGCCGCUGCCCGCUCAAUUCGAGCCAGAGACCCCGGCGCCCGCGUUUUGAUUGUGACGGAUGAGCCGGACCUCCCCUACAUGAGACCGCCUCUGUCCAAAGAACUGUGGUUCUCAGAUGACCCCGCGGUGACAGAUACACUACGCUUUAAGCAGUGGAACGGAAAAGAACGAAGCAUUUACUUCCAGCCAUCAUCGUUCUAUAUUCCUCCAGAGGAACUGAGUAAUGCGGAAAAUGGGGGAGUGGCCGUGCUUACUGGGAAAAAGGUGGUCCACAUGGACGUGAGGGGAAACAAAGUCAAACUAGACGACGACACAGAGGUUUCCUACGACAAGUGCUUGAUUGCCACUGGUGGCGUUCCGAGAAAUUUGCAAGUCAUCGACCGAGCAGAAGAGGAGGUGAAGAAGAGGACAACUUUAUUCCGUAAGAUUGAAGACUUCAGAUCCUUGGAUAAAGUCUCCAGGAACAUUAAGUCCAUCACCGUCAUUGGAGGCGGCUUCUUGGGCAGCGAGCUAGCCUGCGCCCUUGGCAGGAGAUCUCAGGAUUCCGGUCUGGAGGUGAUUCAGAUGUUCCCCGAGAGAGGCAACAUGGGAAAAGUUCUUCCGGAGUAUCUCAGCAACUGGACCACGGACAAAGUUAAAAAAGAGGGUGUAAAAGUCAUCUCAGAAGCUCUAGUCAAAUCUGUGACCUGCAAAGACGAUCAGUUAGAAAUAAAACUAAAGGACGGUCGAUCGGUAAAAACGGAUCACAUCGUCGCCGCCGUCGGCCUGGAGCCCAACGUUGACCUGGCCAAGUCGGCCGGCCUGGAGGUGGACUCGGACUUUGGUGGCUAUCGAGUCAAUGCGGAGCUGCAAGCUCGCUCCAACAUUUGGGUGGCGGGAGAUGCCGCGUGCUUCUACGACAUCAGGCUGGGCCGUAGACGAGUGGAGCAUCACGAUCACGCUGUUGUCAGUGGCAGACUGGCGGGGGAGAACAUGACGGGAGCCAACAAACCUUAUUGGCAUCAGUCCAUGUUCUGGAGCGACUUGGGUCCCGACGUAGGAUACGAAGCCAUCGGGAUUGUGGAUAGCAGUUUGCCCACCGUCGGGGUCUUUGCCAAAGCCACAGCCAAGGAUACACCAAAAGCUGCCACGGAGGAGUCUGGAACCGGUAUCCGCUCCGAGAGUGAAACGGAGGACGUGGCGUCAAACGCCGUGGCCUCCUCUGCCCCCGCGCCAGCCGUCACGCAGAAAGACGACUUCGGGAAAGGAGUCAUCUUCUACCUUCGAGACAAAGUGGUGGUGGGCAUCAUCCUGUGGAACGUCUUCAACCGAAUGCCCAUCGCGAGAAAGAUCAUCAAGGACGGUGAGGAACACGCAGACCUGAAUGAAGUCGCCAAGCUGUUUAACAUCCACGAGGAUUAGGACUUUUUAAGGCAAUUGCAAAUCAAGUAACAUUUUGUCCAGAUUUCUGUAAAUUAUUUCAUUUCGUGGAAUUAUUUUCAUACUACAGUUGAAAUUGCAAUUUGUUGAACAUCAUCCCUACUCCAGUUUGCCCCCUUCGCCCCGGUUUCUCUUAAAACAUCCCGGUCACACAACAGCCGCUUGUUGGGAGAAAGACUGAAAUAAAAUCUAUUUUUA